AUGUUCUCUGUGUUUGUUUAUAUAAAUUUAUUUUUUUUUUUAUUCUUCUUUCUUAUUUUUUUGAGAGAUAAAUUUUAUGAAUAUAAAGAUGACAGAAAAAAAGAAAUAGAAAUUGGAGUAGUUUUAGGAUCUGGUGGGCACACAUUUGAGAUAAUUGAAAUAUUGAAAACAUUAAAAAACUAUAAUAAUAUUAUUUUUAAUUUUUUUUAUGCAAGCAAUGAUUUUUUUAGUAAAAUUAAGGUAGAAAAAAAGUUAAAAAAUUAUAAAAAAAAAUUUUUAGUAAUUCCAAGAUGUCGAAACGUCGGUGAAUCAUAUAUGAUGUCUUUCAUAAAAUUUGUUUAUGCUUUCAUAUAUUGUGUAUAUUUAACAUAUAAAAUGAAUAAUAUGAAGUUAAUUAUAGUAAACGGACCAGGAACAUGUUUACCUGUUGUUUUUUCAUUAUUAUUUAGAAAAUAUAUAUUUUUUAAAACAAUUAAAAUAGUUUACAUAGAAAGUAUAUGUAGAAUAUAUUCACUAUCUUUAACAGCUAAACUAUUAUAUCUUUUUACUGACUUAUUUGUUGUGUUUUCUGAAUACUUGGAGAAAAAAUAUAAAAAAGCUAAAUAUUAUGGUUAUUUAUUCUAA